AUGUCGCCAAUGGUCGUCGGUCUCGUCGGGCCCUCGGAAGUACCCAACAUGCUCACGCCCUCGGCAGUACCCAACAUGCUCAAGCACUCGGCAGUACCCGACUUCGCUGAUUUGCUCAGUGUGCUCGAACCUCGACAAAUCCGCAUCAAUGAUUAUGAAAUUCCUACCAACUCAUCACUGCCGAGCCUGAGAAGGGCCAAACUAAUCGGGAGAAACGAGAAGGCAGAGGCAGAAGAACGUGCGCGACUGCAGGCUGCUCAGGCUACUCAAGCUGUUCAACCCUCGGCGUCCCCUCAAGGCCUUGCGCCCACAUCACCGGAGCAGGCGGCUAGCUCCUCGAUACAGGAGCUGGGUGAGAGUAGACUCGAAGCAUCCGAUGUCUUCCAUAAGACGCUCGGCGUGGUCUUCUCUGGGUUUAACAACACGGACUCUCAGAAUGCGUCUUCUACCACUUUGCACGAGACGUACACGAAAAGCGCUCAAGACAAGCCCUUGCCCGUCGGACCUGGCUACACCACAGACACGAUGGAUGCAGUACCCGCGAAUACCGGCUCGGGACAAAAAUCCACAUCCGUGCAGAAAUCCGCUCGUAGAGGGCUCCCCGCACUGUUGAAGAACUUCGCACUGUUGGAAACCUUUGACAAACCCCACACCAUGGACAUCGACUUGAACGCGCUGUUACCUGAAGAGGCCUCGACGUCUGGUCCUCAGGCUGCUUGGCAGAAAAAUACAGGCCUCAUCAACCUCGACAGCAACCACCCCCCUCCGCCGCCCGUUACCUCUGCGAACCUCACUACGACCGCGGCGAACUUGGCGGACGCGCAGACGCCUGCUAACAUCACGAGUAUCAAUCAUAAGCAUCGCUCCAUGGGCCCUGCUCGGGAGCUUGCAACAUCGCAGAGACAGGCAUGGAAUGUCGCCCCUAUGAUUCUCGUAACCGGAGUUACCGGUUUCUUAGGUUCCCAUCUUGUACUGCAACUAUUGAAGGCGGGCCACCGUGUUAGAGGGUUCGUAUGCAUUGUCACUCUAUUCAUUGGCACAAUCCCAAACUACAAUUUCAUGAUCAGCACCGCUCGAUCCGGCAAAUUGCAUCUCGCCCAGACGGCGUACGCCAAAUAUGACGAACAGUGUGAACUAGUUGUCGUGGACGACCUGAUCCACUGUGACUUCACCUCUAUACUGCAAGUAUCGGAAGGAGUCGAUGGGGUGCUGCACCAAGCAGCGCCUGUGGCGAGCAAAGAACAAACUCUUGAAGCUCAACUUGAUGUUGCCGUCCAAGGAUCCCUCAAUAUCCUGCGGCAGGCCGAGAAGGCCGGUAUCAACACAUUUGUUCUCGCAAGCAGUUACGUCACGCUCUUCGAUUGGCGACAGCGUCCCAUCUCACGAAUGCUCAAUGACGGAGACUGGAAUCGGGCCACUAGGGAUGAAGCUUUGAGCGGAUCCUACGAUUCCAUGUUCGUUUAUUGCGCCGAGAAGACAUUGCAAGAGCGCGCAGUUUGGGAGUUUGCAGAUCAGCACCCCAAUCUGAACAUUACUACUGUGAAUCCCCCGUUCUUCUUCGGUCCGUUUGUCCCGGGCUUCAUACCAAGAGAUGCGACUAUUCUCAACGCCAAUGAGUUCAUCUAUGCCCUCCUCGAUCCUGAGGGUCAACUGUUCUCGGACGUCGCAAUGGGCGUUGAUAUUCGCGAUGUGGCACGCGCCAUGAUCAGUGCACUGUCUGCUCCACAUUAUGAGCCUCGGAAGCGUCUACUCAUAUCCGGAGAGUGGUUCAGCUGGCGGGAAGCUGUAGAUCAUAUUGCGUCAGUGCGUCCACACCUUCAUAGCCGUUUGUCGACAACUGCGCUCGGGGCGCCAUCUCAGCCGGUGGCCACUCUCAUGGAUACAAAGCGCGCACGAGAACUUCUUGCUAUCGAGUUCACUCCUUGGAAGACCACAAUUACCGAUGCAGUAGACAGCUUACUCGAAGCGGAGGAAUUAUGGUCUAGGACGCGUUGA